AUGAAGAUCAAAAGCACGGAGGUGAUGGAGUCCAACAGCUACAGCCUGAGGGUCAGCAUCGACGACAGCUCUUUUAUUGUGGAGAAAGCCAUUCUGUCUGAGAACUGCGAGUACUUCAGAGCAUUGUUCCAGUCAGGAAUGAGAGAGUGCCGACAGGAAGAGAUCCACCUGCAGUGUGUGGGGGUCCUGGGCUUUCUGGUCAUGCUGCAGGUCCUGGGCGGGGAGCGGCCCGUGCUGAGCAGUGACCAGAUCGUGGAAGCCAUUGAGUGUACGGCUUUUCUGCAGGUGCCGGCUCUCACCAAGCACCUGAUCUAUAUCGUCAAUUCUGAAAACUGCCUGCUCAUGUACCACACGGCUGCUACAUACGGUGUGUGGGAGCUCUCCCACAGUUCAGCCUUAUUCAUCAGAGAUAUGUACAGUGAUCUGAAGGAGGAUGUUCACACCUUACCCACCAAGCUGGUAGAGUACAUCGAGUCCCUUCGCCCGAGUAGCUACAUGGCAGUAUGCAGCCACUCGCCCUCCACCGAGCGGCUGCCGGACCUCCAGAGGACCGUCUGCUACCUGGACGAAGACAACAGCGAGUGGAAGGUCCUGACUCAUCUACCUGUGAGCACGAGCACCACUAUGGCAGGCGUGGUCGUCCUGGACAACAAACUGUACAUCAUCGGAGGAGUGCAUGAUGUAAGCAAGAAGGUAGUGGAGAAUGGUUACUGUUACAACCCUGCAGCAAACACAUGGUCCACCAUCUGUGGUUCCCAGCAGCUACGCUACAACUUCACUCUGAUAGGUCAUGAUGGCUUCCUCUACGCUAUAGGAGGUGAGUUCAACAUGAAGGCCCUGUCGUCUGUGGAAAGAUACAGCGUGUCGAAAGGAAGCUGGGGGUUUGUCUCCUCCCUCCCCUGUCCUGCAGCCUUGGUGGUGUCUACUAUAGCCAUGAACAGGAUCUUUAUCUGUCUCUGGAGAGGUCAGGGGGCCUCAGAUAUACACGAGUAUGUGUCUGAACGGGAUCAGUGGCUUCUGGUCACCACGCUCAUCCGUGAGCACAGUUAUGGUCUUUAUAUGGUGGCCCAUAAAGAUAAUCUGUAUGUGAUGCGCAAUGGACCCUGUGAUGACUUCUUACUGUGUGUGAUGGACUGCUACAACCUGAGCUCGGGCCAGUGGACGGCCAUGUCGGGCCAGUACGGGAACAGCAAAGGCUCUCUGCUCACUGCUGUGGUCAGAGGAGACUCUGUUUUCACACUCAGCCGGCAGGUGACCACAGAGUAUACUGUAGAAGAUGACAAAUGGAGAGUGAGGCGAGAGAUGAAAGGUUUUGGCAGGAUUGGAUCCAUAUAUACAUUUCUGAUGAGGCUGCCUACAGCCCCCGUCUCCACCAUGGGAAACUCGGUGGAUCAGGUCCAGAACGUCAGAGACUUCCUCAGAUUCUCCCCACAACGCUCUGGUAAGCUGUAA